AUGAUGCAGGACGAUCCGUUCGCUGUACCGUCGCAGAAGCAGGAGCUCCGCUUGAGACAGCAGAAUCCAAUGACAAAAGUUCCCGUAGAGAUUGAGAUAAUACCGGCGACGCCAAUUGAGGAGAGGGUAACCACAGGAACGAUCCCAACGGUCCUCACGACAACCUCCCAAACCGCACAGAGAGGGAGGUACUUCCAGGACCAGAAGCGUGUCGUCGAUUACGUGUUGGCAUUCAACAGUCCGACCACUACUGAUACGGACCAGAUCGCACACUCCACGCGCACACUGUUCCAGCAAAACCUUCAGCAGGAGGGUCUACAAAUCGAGACGGAAGACUGCCAGGAAAUACACUUUGUGAAAAUCCACGUCCCGGAGCCGGUGCUGUCGCAAUACUGCGAGUUCAUGAAGAUUAAGAUGCCGAUGAGGAAGCUGGCGAAUCAGGAUAAGAUCCUCACGCGCGACUUUAGCAUCCAGAGCUUGGUCGGUUGGCUGUUCUGCUGGCCGCUGCGUAAGUUCAUACGCAUCGAUCAGGACAUCUUUAAGUCGUCCGAGUAUCGGCUGCUGUACGAGUACUCGCGUAAUAAGCCGUACCUGUUCGAUGAUCAGGACCCGAACUUCUUCACGCCAAGCGUUCGUAUCGCGGUGGUUAACUUCAUUCUUAACCGGACGUCCUUCAGCGAGAAUCUGGAAGAAAAGACGCAUAUUGGUAUCCGGCGACUUGUUGAGGAUGAUGUGUAUCUGGACGCGUACCCGUUGCACGAUGGCUGUACCAAAGUAAAUUCGAGGUGCCAGCGGGCGCUGCUGCUGCAUGAGUGGGCCCAAUUCAGGAAGUGUAUCAAGCAGCAGCCGCUCGAUCACAUCAAGGAAUACUUCGGCGUUAAUAUUGCUAUGUACUUCGCCUGGCUCGAAUUCUACACACUCAUGCUGAUACCAGCAGCGAUCGCUGGGCUGAUUUGCAUCUUCUAUGGGGUAGUCACUUUCGCGAACAACCAGAUCAGCCUGGAGAUCUGUAGCGACAACAGCACAAUCAUGUGCCCUCAGUGCGACGGGAACUGCGAUUACUGGUAUUUGAACAGCACCUGCUCCAUCUCGAAGUUCGCUCACGUCUUCGACAACAAUGUGACGAUCUUAUUCUCCGUCUUCAUGUCCAUCUGGGCCACUAUCUAUCUGGAAAUGUGGAAGAGGUAUUCCUCGAAGAUACAGCACCGCUGGGGCAUUACCGAGUACAGCUCGAUGUUGGAGCCACCGCGACCCCAGUACCUUGCGCAGCUGGGCGACAGCAAAGAGACGACUUUCAACAUUGUCACCGGCACCCAGGAACCGUCGCCACCGUUUUGGACCAAAAAGCUGCCCAGCUUUGUCUGCAGCUACUCUGUGAUCUUCCUCUUUAUGUUACUGAUCGGUGCCGCCGUGUUCGGUAUCGUCGUGCUGCGCUUGUCAAAGUUUAUCAUGCGCUACUUCUUCGCUAUACAUGAUUUAUCGACAUGGAAUAUCGCUUUUCCCGUGACGACAGCGAUCUUCAAUCUGGCAAUUUCGACCGUCCUUGCUUACGGCUACAAGCGCGUGGCCGUGUGCAUGACCAACGUCGAGUAUCGUCGAACGCAAACCGAGUACAACGAGAGCCUCAACCUGAAGAUCUAUAUGUUUGAGUUCGUCAACUACUACAGUUCGAUCUUCUACAUUGCGCUAGUGAAGGGAAAGUUUCCGGGCUACCCAGGCAAGUACAACCGCAUACUGGGAGUGCGACUGGAAGAGUGCAGCCGGGGUGGGUGCAUGGUGGAACUGUGCAUUCAGUUGGCGAUCAUCAUGAUUGGCAAGCAGGCAAUCGCUGCAUUCAAGGAAAAAGUCUAUCCGCUCCUUUUGCAAAAGUUCAAGGAGUUCCGAAGCGUUCUCGCCAACGAGCAGGAAAGUGACGACAGUGACGAGUCGCUGAUCACCUACAACCGGUGGGUUAAGGAUUUCAAUCUGAUCAACUGGAACGAUCGAAGUCUGUUCAACGAGUACUUAAAAAUGGUGAUACAGUAUGGUUUCAUCACGAUCUUUGUGGUGGCAUUUCCGCUGGGGCCACUGUUUGCUCUGCUGAAUAACUUAAUGGAGACGCGGCUCGAUGCGAAAAAGUUCCUGCUCUACUACAAGCGCGCAAUACCUCAGCGGGUGCGGGAUCUGGGCAUCUGGUACAACAUUAUGCACGUCGUCGGAAAGUUGGCAGUCAUCACUAGUGCCUUUAUCAUCGGGUUUUCCUCCAACUUCAUACCUCGCCUCAUGUACCAGCCAGAGGUGGGCACGGAUAGAGGCUUCGUCAAUCAUACGCUUUCCUAUUUCAACGUCUCCUACUUCGAGGCCAACGAUACACCGCUAGCGAGCAAGUUCACGAACGUCACCAUCUGCCGGUACUCGGAUUACCGGAAUCCACCCGGCCAUGAGGAGCAGCACGAGCUGACCUCAUUCCACUGGCAGAUACUUACUGCUCGGUUGACGUUCGUCGUGAUCUAUCAGAACCUGGUUAGCUUCCUGCAGAUCGUGCUGGCGUGGGCAAUUCCAGAUGUCCCGGAGUGGCUGCAGGAUCAGAUCAAGCACGAGCAGUAUCUCACAAACGAGCACAUCAUUGGGCAGGGGAAACUAAAGAUGCUGUCUACUUCUACCGCUGCUGCUAGCAACAGUGAUGAAGGGGGCGAAAUCAACUUCAACCGCCGCUCUAACUACGAAUAG